GAUGUAUCCAGCGAUUGAACGGGCAAAGGCGCAGUUCCUCAAGCGAGGAUGCCGCAGCCAUGCACCCGCAUGGUGUCCAAGUAGCCACACGUUCGCAUCCCAUUUGAUGCAAUUGCCGUCCGCCAUGACGUCGACACCCUUCCAGGCUGGUGACCAGUCGUGGGCGAGCCUAGGAGAGUGCCUCGACCGCGAUUUGCAAAGGCUCCAGACCGCAACAACGACGUCGUUGGUGGAAGUGGAAGCAAUGUUCGGAGAAAUCAUGUCGUUGAUGAACGCAUCACCUCACGCUUCCACUGCCUUGACACGGCAGAAUGGGCAGAUUGAUGAGUCAUCGCUGUUCGAUCAACGUGCCAGCCCCACCGUUGCAAAUCUCCAGAAAGCAGCGGUUGAUGACAAAGCAACCAACACGGCGAAUCGUUCUUUGGGGACCAAAGCGACGCAGACGACGCAACCCGCGGCGUGCAUCCCCGACGAAGCAUCUGUCCUUCCGAACAACGUCCAGCUGAGCCUCGAGCUAUGUUUAACGCGGAGCUUGCGUCGCAACAAGCUCAACGACCUGGGGAAGUGCAUGCUGCUUCGCCGCGUGCUUGUUUCAUGGAGGCGGGUGGAACAGUGUCGAGUUGGGUGGGCACAGCGAGCCGCGACAUUCGCUGAACCUAGACGUCUCGACGAAGAUGGGACGUGGAUGCAUGCCGUUCGAGCGCGCGACGGCAAGUAUGGCUUGGCGAAGGCGGUGCAUGGCCAGAGGACGUGUCGGAAGGUGUUCCGUGUAUGGAUUCAACUUUUAGCGGGAACGAAAAUUCAAACGCACGAGGUCCCAAUGAAGUACGAAUCGCACCUAAUCGAAGUCGUGCAAUCACGACGAUUGGCACCCGCCUCAUCCCACUUGAUGGCAGAGGAAAGCGCGAGCGUUGCGGCCCGCGGUGACGUGGGCGACGCAUGUCACGGCACGAAUGAAGAGCAUGAUGGGACUUUAAUAGCCGAGAGAGAACAUGCAACUACACAAUCGACGCCAAAAUUGGGCAAGAACCAGAUGAGACGCCUCAAACGCGAGCAGAUAUGGACAUCUGUGAAGGAACGCAAGCGAAAGAAGAAAGAGGAGAUGAAAGCGCUGCGCCCAGUUGUUGAACAACUUGUGCUCGACACGAGCGACGAAGCGGUGCUCAUGCGGAAAGAACGCGCGAUUCUCAAGCGCGAGAGCUUCCUCAUGCGUGCAAACGAAGGCCCGACGAUCGUGAUCGAUUGCGGGUUUGAACACGACAUGACGAGUCGCGAGAAGAAGUCGUUGUCCCAACAAAUCAUGUUUUCGUACGGUGUCAACAAGCGCAGCGACUCUCCCGCAACCAUGUUCCUGACGUCGCUGCAUGGAGAAACCGAAUCCAACUUGUGCAAGAUCAGCGGGUUUGGAACGUGGAUUGGUUGCACAGCGACGCCCAAGUGCUACAUGGACAUUUUCAAGAAGGAGAGCCUCGUGUACUUGACAGCCGACUCGCCCAACGUCAUCAACGACCUGGACACGGACAAGGUGUACAUUAUCGGCGGCAUUGUCGACCGCAACAGACUGAAAGGAGCCACGUACGACCGAGCCAAGGCCCAAGGCAUCCAAACCGCCAAGCUUCCUCUGGACAAAGUGCUCGAAAUGGGGCAGGCCACCCGCGUGCUGACGGUCAACCACGUCUUUCAGAUUCUGGUCGAUUACACCACGGUGCGGGACUGGACGCAAGCGACGCUAAGCGCAUUGCCCGAGCGAAAAGGAGCACAACCCAAGGGGGCCGAGUGAUCACGACUGGAUUCACCAACUUAACGUAAACACUGCAGUGCCUGCUCCAGCCGCUGGAUGGCAAGCUCGACUUCUCGCGUCUGAUUGAACCAGUUAACGCCGAUGAUGGUGUGCCA